UUGAUUGGCUGAGCUGUGGAAAUGGCGGCUGUGGCCAAGUGGGCGGUCGGAAAGCUGCUGUGGAGUCUGACAAGCUUUUACCGCCUUCGGCUCUCGGAUUCAGCCUAGCGCGCUGAGCUGAAGAAGUUUUCGCAUCUGAUUUUGCUCCGCUCCUAGAGUGUCGCACACUCUCGGCCGGUUGCUGCUGUUGAAGCCCACCUUAAGGGCAUGGCUGGGAUGGAGAGUCCGAGCCUGGGAGACUGCGGAGCUGCCCCCUCGGUCACGUCCAAUGAGCGCUCAGCCGCAGACCGGCACUGUGACCUCCGGCAAGUUAUAGUCCCCUUUCGGGACUCAUUUUCGCCAUCUGUAAUGGGAGCGGGGGUGGGCCAGGAAGAUGGUGCUCUGGGAUUGGAAAGCAUGGGAGAAAAUGAGAAACAAGUGAUGAUAAAAAGCAGCAGUGAGUGUAAUCCCCUGCUGCAAGAAUCCAUUGCUUCUGCUCAGACUAGUGACACUACUAUGACAGAAUGCCCUAAGUCUGUCCCAUGUGGAUGGGAAAGAGUUGUGAAGCAGAGGUUAUCAGGGAAAACAGCAGGAAGAUAUGAUGUAUAUUUUAUCAGCCCACAAGGACUGAAGUUCAGAUCCAAAAGUUCACUUGUUAAGUAUCUUCACAAAAAUGAAGAAACUUCUCUCACACCAGAAGAUUUCGAUUUUACCGUACUUUCUAAAAAAGGCAUCAAGUCGGGAUAUAAGAACCGCAACAUAGCACCUCUGACAUCCCAAAUGCAAAGUGAAAUUAAUAGUUCAAACCGGAACCUCAGGACACGAAGCUGGUGGAAAAAAGAUGUCUUUCCUCUACCAAGCAGUUGUCUGGAAUUGCAAAGUAGCAAAGGACUAUCUAACUUUAAAGAUAAGGGUGUUAAUGAUGUGGACUCCAGAAAGGUUAGAAAGUCCAAAGAAAAGGUGCCUAUUUUGAAAGGAAUUCAAAUUAAGAGAACUAAAACAAGGUGCCAGAAGGGUCUUCCAGAUUCUGCUCAAAGUAAUAAGAAAAGAAAAUCUGAGUAUAAAAAGGCAGAUGAUGAAAGUGAACCUGUUGUGCAAGAAAGUCAGCUUGAUAAAACACUCUCCAUUGCUGAUGCUGGGACAAGCAACAAGACCCUCAGUGCAACCAGUGAAGAAAAGAAACUUGUAAAAGAACAAUCAUUGAGUUUGGUAUCAAAUUUUUGUUCUGAACAAAUAACUUCUGGCAUCAUAAACAAAUUAUGUUCAACUGAAGAAGCAGAACACAGCAAGAAGUGUGAGGAAACCUUUUUAGAAUCUGAGGAAAUAAAAUCAAAAGUACAAGUUGGGGAGAGGAAGGAACAUUUGCAUACUGACAUUUUAAAAUGUGGCUCUGAAAUGGACAACAACUGCUCACAAACUGAGAAAGACUCUGUGGAAAUGUGUCAAGAAGAUACCAUUCCACGGACACAAAUAGAAAAAAGGAAGACAAGCCUGUAUUUUUCCAGCAAAUAUAACAGAGAAGCUCUUAGUCCCCCUCGACGCAAAGCCUUUAAGAAGUGGACCCCUCCUCGGUCACCUUUUAAUCUCGUCCAAGAGACACUUUUCCACGAUCCAUGGAAGCUCCUCAUUGCUACCAUAUUUCUCAACCGGACCUCAGGCAAAAUGGCAAUCCCUGUGCUCUGGGAGUUUCUAGAGAAGUACCCUUCGGCUGAGGUAGCAAGAACCGCAGACUGGAGAGAUGUGUCAGAACUUCUUAAACCUCUUGGUCUCUAUGAUCUUCGAGCAAAAACCAUUAUCAAGUUCUCAGAUGAAUAUCUGACAAAGCAGUGGAGGUAUCCAAUUGAGCUUCAUGGGAUUGGCAAAUAUGGCAACGACUCUUACCGAAUUUUUUGCGUCAAUGAGUGGAAGCAGGUACACCCUGAAGACCAUAAGUUAAAUAAAUAUCAUGACUGGCUUUGGGAAAAUCAUGAAAAAUUAAGUCUGUCUUGAAAUCUUUUUCAAGCUCAUUUUUUUAUACAUUACUUUGCACUUGAUUCUUAAGAGCUCCAUUAAGCACAACCAACUGCCUUACAGGUAUAUAGAUUUUAAUUAGUCCAACUAGAAAUGCAAUGUAAGUUUUCUUAAUGUGUGUAACACUGGUAGAACUUUGCUGCUGAACAUACUAGAACAUGUUUUGAGAUUUUUAAAAGUAAAUUGUUAUUUGACAAGAAUCCUAAAAACGUAAAUGACUUUUCCAAUAAUAAAAUGUGAUUCAAAGUUGAAAAAAAACUUUCAUAAGCUCUCAGUAAUACAAAGCAGAUUUCUGUCAAUGUUGCUUAGGAGAGUUUGGAUUGUCUGUUCUCUUUCUGUAAAAAUGGAAUUACACAGUUGUUAUAUAAGACAUAGAGUUUGCAGCCAAAUAUGUAGGAAAAUACAUUACAGGGUAUGUUAGGCAGUUAAUUUGUAUUUUUACUAAAAAAAAAAAAAGUAACAGUAAGGUUCUUUUGUCAUCACGUAUACUUGCCGGCUCUGUGCUAGCUUAGGAAUUAGAGAUUUGGCCCUAGCAUCCAUCUGAUAGCCUGUGAAUAUCUGCCUGCAGCUUUGUUUCAGAAUGUCAGCUUCUGGCUCAUGCAUUUUACCUUGACCUCCUUGUGAAAGGUUGAACAUUUACCCAUCUCUCAUCUCCCAGAUUGGGGACAGGACCUUUUAAGUUUUGUAACCUUUUUUUUUUUUUAAGAUUUUACUCAUUUGUUGGUGAGGGAGAAGCAGGCUCCCUGCCGAGCAGGGAGCCCAACACCAGGGCUGGACCCCAGGGCCCUAGGACCUUGACCAGAGCCAAAGGCAGACAACUAACUGAGCCACCUAGGUGCCCUUUGUGCCAUUUUUAAUACAGGUAUUAUAAUGUUGUAGUUCAUAUACUGCAACAUUUACCUUAGAAGGAACUCGUCAAACAACAAUAACAAAAAAUCCCAAGUUGUUAACUCUACCAAUUUUCAUUUUAAGGUAUGAUUUCAAAAUUAAAUUGAUUGAAUAAAUAAAAAAUAAAUUGUUGGGAAACUACCUUUGUUGUUGGGUAGAGUGUGCUGUAAGACAAGUUGGUUGUUUCCACUUUAGUGAGCUAGUUUCAAUUUUUAGUGAGAGAGAUGGAUUUUGACCAGAGAAUGGGAAAACUGGCCAUAUCCCCCAACAAGGCAGACAUCCACUUUAUAACAUCCCAUCACAUCUUUAUUUAACAGUCCUCAAAAUAGCAUUUACUAAAUGCAAACCCUAAAUGGAGAGAGACACAAAGACGAAAGCAUUCUGUAGGGCGUCUGGGUGGCUCAGUUGGUUAAGCGACUGCCUUUGGCUCACGUUGUGAUCCUGGAGUUCCAGGAU